GUCUCUACCCAAAAAGGAAAAUUGUAUAUCACUCACUCAUUCCUCAUAUCACAAUACGCUUUCUUUUCCGCUCAGAUCUCUCAAUCUUCCUCUCUCACACCUCCCACCAUAAUAUCCACCAUAAACUCUCUUUCAAAAGGCAUCAUGCAUUUAAUUCUAACCGGGGCAACCGGUCUCGUCGGUUCCGGCAUUCUCCAUCAGAUGCUCAUACAUCCUUCUGUUACCAAAAUAUCCAUUCUCUCUCGAAACCCUGUUCCCCUUGCUGAAACACAUGCAAAUAGCAAAAAGGCAACAGUCAUCCUCCACUCUGAUUUUAAGAAUUACCCGGAGACUGUCUUGGAACAACUGAAGGGGGCAGAGGGCUGUGUUUGGGCUUUGGGCACUAGUAGUGCGGGCAUGGAGAAGGAAAAAUAUACCGAGAUAACCAAAACCUACACCCUCCACGCCGCGCGAGCCCUUCCCUCCGUUGCCUCUCCCAAACCCUUCAAAUUCCUCUACAUAUCCGGCGAAGGCGCAAACUUAGCUCCUGGUGUGCUAACUCCCAUGUUCGGAGUCGUAAAAGGUGAAACUGAAGCCGAAUUACUCGCCCUCCCUGCAGAAAAAGGUUAUGAGAAUCUCAAAGUGUACAAUGUGAGACCAGCCGCGGUGGAUCCUAUUCAACAUGAAGAGAUCAAGGAAUUCAUACCCCAGAAAAAAGGUAUCAUGAAGUUGCUGGAUAUAGGGCUUUCUCCAGUUAUAAGGGCUGUGGGGAAGAAUUUGAAUACACCGACCAGGGAGAUGGGAAAGGUGAUUACCGAGUUGAUGUUGGGAAAUGGAGAGAAAUUAGAAGGCAGUGGGGUUAUAGAUGGGAGAACUUUGAGUAAUAUUGGAUUGAGGAGGAUGGGAGGAUGGUAGACAAGAGGAAGAGGUUUUGACACAAUUCUCACGAUUUUCAUUUGGUAAUAGAGCAGUUUUAAUAUGGAAUAGAAGAGGAUUUUAUUUGCUCUCAUGCCAUCCCAGUUUGAGAUCCUAUGAAUAUCUACCUAUUUUCGAAUCUUUUUUGAUAGCUAAUCUCUGUAGCUUUAUGUACUUCUUUCCUCACCAUUCUUUUCCCUUUCAUCCCAAAUCCUUCCAAUGAAAAAUUUCCUGACACAUUCCAUCUUUCCUUCCAUCAACCCAUAAUCCAUCCAUCCCAUUAUACAAAAGAAAUUUGAAUGAUAGACAGUAUUGUAUAAUAUAUUCCCCAAGCCAAAGUUCCCCUUUUAAGAAUUAAAAUAAAAUUGGUAUCA